AAUAUAUAUAUAUAUAUAUAAAUCGAAGCACCAAAGGCCAAGAUAUCCUGACUUUUUAUCCCCAGUAAUAGUUAAGCUCAGUGACUGGAUCCAUUUCCCAUAUUGCAACUUGAUAGCAUCCUUCACUGGACUCUGUAUGCCUAGUAAAUGCCCAUAUAUUUCAAACUCCACACCCCUUCUUACCGGCUGAGUAGUACUCCUCAUUAUCAGUAACCUGAUCAUGUGCAAAAUUGUUGGUUGUGUAAUCAAAACUGUUAUGAAAACACACAGCAGUCUUUAUAUACACUAGGUGGGUGUUUGUCGUGACUUUGCAAGCUUGUAUUCCCAGCAGGAUUUUUCUCAACACAGUCUGGCCACAUUAGUAACUCCUUGCGUUAGAUUUCUCAUGUAUGCUUACCUUGCAUCACCUGUUUACUAAACAGUGUACAAUUGCAUCAGUGAGAAUGAAUGUUCAGCUGCACUGCUGCUGUAGAUAGAAAUUAGCCAUAGCAAACGAACCUGGGAUCAGAUUACCCGUUUACGCCCUAACAUGAACCAUAAAAUGAGAAAAAUGAAAAGUCAUGCACAGGCCAGCGGCUUGAGAAACUAUAAGGCUGAUGUCUUUAUAACGCAACAACUGGGAAUAUGCAUAGUAACGCAACCACUUUGCCACACCAAAGGGAAAUUUAAAGGACGGUACAGAUGACAACACUACAGUAAAUUCCUCAGUUCAACACUCAGGGAGCCCUGAAGACAAAGACAGAGUCCCCUUGACGCAUGGAUUACUCAAUGACGAGAGAAUAUGACAUACAUUUUUGCCCCUGCAGCAUGUAUGCGUCUAGCCUACUUCUAGGACAUCAUGCCAACCCUGUCUAACUCAACCUAAAUACGCCCCUUUGUACGUAUCCAAACCGUCCAAUCACUGUACAUGUCUCAGCAACUCUAUUUUGCAUUACUGCCCAAUCACAGCUUGGGUUUGACACCACAUUGAGGAGAGAUAGCCAUUGUCCUUCUGACUGGCCCAAUCCAGCAAUGGCAUCAGUCCCUGUGCAGCGUGUUUAUAAGCCCUCGGCCCCGCUCGUGCUACAUGCAGAAAAGUUUUACAGCAAGUGCAGAAGACCAGGGCUGCAGGACACUGUUAUCUCUGUUAGGCAUCCCAGCCUCUCCUUCCACCAUCGGCACUUCUUCCCCACAAUGUUCAACACCACUCUGAACCCCACCACCAACUUCUAUGAAAACUCUACCACCCCUGGUGGCCCCAGUGGACCUCCACCAUGGUACCAGUUCCCAGUGUGUGCCGUUUCCCCUUACGGCUUCAUUUUCUACUUUGGGGUCAAGGUGUUCAACCUGGCAGUGGGGACGCCCUGUAACAUCCUGGUCAUCUGGCAGAUCGCCACCAGGAAAAGUGACGCGUCCACCUCUGACAUCUUUAUCUUCAACCUGGCCAUCCUGGACGCCUACUUCUGCCUAAUGACGCCCGUAGAUAUGGUCAACCGGCUGCUGCUGGAUGACAGUCGCAUUUGGUACUUUCAGAGGUUCGCAUAUGGGAUCAAGGAUGUAGCCCCACUCUUUCUGGUGUGUAUCUGUCUGGAUCGCUACAUGGCUGUGGUCCACCCAGUACUCUUCACUGGUAUUCGAGACAAUAAGAUGCGCAUUGGCAUCUCUGUGGUGGUCUGGGGCUUCAUUCUGGCUUACGGCCUCACCAAGUGCGUCCUGGGAGUCAUGAGCGUCAAUGAGGUCUUCAGCGGUGUCAUCCUCUUUGCCUUUGCGGUCAUGUUCUUCUGCAACAUCUCCGUCAUUUGGGUCCUCAGACGUUGUGUGGCGGGAAAGGAGGUGAUGCACCCGGUAAAGAAGAAAGCCUUUAAGAUGGUGCUGAUCAUCCUGGCCAUCAUCAUGUCCAACUACCUGCCGCCCGUAGCUCUCAUGCCCUUCGUGUCCUACUACACCUUCGUGGCGUUUCGCUGCCAGAUCAGCAUCAGCGUGUUCUCCAUAAUGGAUCUGAGCAGCAGCGUUGAGCCUCUCCUCUACAUCACCAAGAUGGAGCGUGUGGACGGCAGGUGCUGUGGAGGGAGUUUCUCUAAGAAGCCACACGAUGUCAAGGUGUGAUCAAGCUUCCAUUAAACAUAAAAUAACCCCGUCUUGGAAAUGUCUAAACAAUG